CAAUCAAGGGAUCAGGUGGGCGGGACAGGCAGAUCAGUUCGAUUUGGCGGUUCGACUUCAACAUGGCUGAAGCGAGCAACGCCGAUCCGACAACGAGAGUGGAGGAAAGGUCUGAGGAAUCACCUCCAGAAUCCGGCACACCCAUUUCGAGGGUAAAACUCCUCGAUACCAUGGUGGAUACCUUUCUCCAAAAGCUGGUCGCCACCGGGAGCUACCAGAGGUUCACUGACUGUUACAAACACUUCUACCAGUUGCAGCCUGAGAUGACACAGCGAAUCUAUGACAAGUUUAUAACUCAAUUGCAGACAUCUAUCCGGGAAGAAAUCUCAGAAAUCAAAGAGGAAGGGAACCUAGAAGCUGUCUUGAAUUCACUGGACAAAAUUGUGGAAGAAGGCAAAGACCACAAGGGACCAGCCUGGCGCCCCAGUGGGAUCCCAGAGAAAGACUUGUGCAGUGUCAUGGCACCCUACUUCCUGCAACAACGGGACACCCUUCAGCGCCAGGUCCAGAAGCAGAAAGCCAAGAACAAGGAGUUGGCAGACACUGUCCUGGCUGGUCGCAGGCAGGUAGAAGAGCUGCAGCAGCUGGUUGAAGCCCGGCAACAGGCCUGGCAGGCCCUACACAGAGAACAGAGGGAGCUGCUGGAUGUGCUGAAGGAGCCUGAGUGAGGAGGAGACAGGCAAGCCCCAGAGUAGAGGGCAGUCAAGGUCAAGGGCCUGUGGUCAGCAUUCUGGGCCUGGGCAGGCUGCCUUUUGAGAACAGCUGAAAUGGUGCCAGUCCCCAGGCAGUAACGGAGGACAAGGCUGGAGCAGGCCCCCCAACUGCCGCUAAACCUAUGGGGCUCCCAUGGAGUUACACACUCAACUACCUUAAGAUUCCUCCUAUUUUCUUCCACAUGGAAGCUUGUAGCCAGCUCUCCCUGGGGAUGGGGUGGGAUACCAAGCCUCUUCUCUAGUAUGGCCAGCACUCCCCCCCCACACACACACACCAUCCCUGGGUCUGGCCUAGAGAAUGUGUUUUCACUGAUUGUCCCCUUACUGGCCAGCCCAAGGGCCAUGCCAUGUUCUCCCCACAUCUGUAAAUAAACUUCUUCCUCUACCCUA